GUGCUCGUGCGCCUGGCCGAGAACAUUCCAUCGGGAAAAAAAAAAGCAUACAAAAACUUUAGAUUAGGCUGAGGUGAUUAGUUUUUACCGCACGCACCAUGGCUCAUAAACAGAUCUACUACUCUGAUAAAUACAACGAUGACAUUUACGAGUACAGGCAUGUCGUUUUGCCCCGGGAGUUGGCCAAACAAAUUCCCAAGUCCCACCUGAUGUCUGAGGACGAGUGGAGGAGACUCGGCGUGCAGCAGUCUCUUGGAUGGGUUCAUUACAUGAUUCACGAACCGGAACCUCACAUCCUGUUGUUUAGAAGGCCUCUUCCAAAGCAGCAAUGACCACGAGACCCUCUGAUUCUCUGGAGCCUUCCUGUGGAUUAUUCUGGUAUUCAGUGAAUACUUGGGACCUUUUAAGAUUUACAGCUUCGUGUGCAUUUAGCUGGAUUUUUCUCAGCACCUAUUCUCAGAGAAUCAUGAUGAUGAAAACAUUCCAGCAUGGAUAUUUUUAUUAAAGGGGCCUUCAAUAAUGCCGUAACGAUUCUGCCUAGUAAAAUGAUUAAAAAGUGUUCUUUGUUGCAUCUUUAGCAGCGGUGUCAUGGAAGGAAGUUGUCACUAAAGAUGAGGGUUUUUUUUGUUUUGUUUUUUUUUCUUCCUCCCCCACAGCUUUUUAGUUAAUGACUUGUAUUUCUAGUUGUCUGGAUGAGGUGCACAUUCGUCAGGUUCGGAAUAAUACUUUAAGAAAAGCGCAAAAAAAAAAAGGUGUACACUAGUCCUUGUCUUUUCAUGAUUGAUUUGACUUGUGAAGGCUGAAGUUCUUGAUUUGAUUUCCAGGAAAAGCACCGCAAUGUGGUGUAAUCUAAUGUUGGGGAGUAAAAAAAAAUUUUUUUUUUUUAAAUUUAUGGAAAUAAUGUUCCCACACAGAUGCUAAAAAACCCUGCUGUACUGUUGUUGAGGUUGAACUAUAAAUGAUGACGCUUGUGAACAAAAUGUUAUCCAUGACCAAUCAAGGAGAUACAAGCACCAUUUUGCUGUAGACGUGCCUUGUAGUGCAAAGUGUUUAAUUUUAAGAAAAUGUUGAUUCAGUAAUGGAAAAUGAUUGCAUUUUUAGGUUGCCAAUCAAAAUUGACCAUUGUGAAGCCAGCAUGUCUUGUACAAUCUAAUAAAUAUAAAGCUUUUUCAUAUUGAA